AUGCUUCCUCUCUUCAACAAAGUGCUUCCUCUCUUCUUCAAAGUGCUUCCUCUCUUCUUCAAAGUACUUCCUCUCUUCAUCAAGGUGCUUCCUCUCUUCAUCAAGGUGCUUCCUCUCUUCAUCAAGGUGCUUCCUCUCUUCAUCAUGCAGCUUCCUCUCUUCAACAAAGUACUUCCUCUCUUGCUCAAGAUGCAGCUUCCUCUCUUCAACAAAGUACUUCCUCUCUUCAUCAAGAUGCUUCCUCUCUUCAACAAAGUACUUCCUCUCUUCAUCAAGGUGCUUCCUCUCUUCUUCAAAGUACUUCCUCUCUUCAUCAAGAUGCUUCCUCUCUUCAACAAAGUACUUCCUCUCUUCAUUAAGAUGCUUCCUCUCUUCUUCAAAGUACUUCCUCUCUUCAUCAAGGUGCUUCCUCUCUUCUUCAAAGUACUUCCUCUCUUCAUCAAGGUGCUUCCUCUCUUCAACAAAGUGCUUCCUCUCUUCAUCAAGGUGCUUCCUCUCUUCUUCAAAGUACUUCCUCUCUUGAUCAAGAUGCUUCCUCUCUUCAACAAAGUGCUUCCUCUCUUCAUCAAGAUGCUUCCUCUCUUCAUCAAGGUGCUUCCUCUCUUCAACAAAGUACUUCCUCUCUUCAUUAAGAUGCUUCCUCUCUUCAACAAAGUGCUUCCUCUCUUCAUCAAGAUGCUUCCUCUCUUCAACAAAGUGCUUCCUCUCUUCAUCAAGGUGCUUCCUCUCUUCAUCAAGAUGCUUCCUCUCUUCUUCAAAGUACUUCCUCUCUUCAACAAAGUACUUCCUCUCUUCAUCAAGGUGCUUCCUCUCUUCAUCAAGAUGCUUCCUCACUCCAUCAAGAUGCUUCCUCACUCCAUCAUGCAUCCAUCAUGCAGCUUCCUCUCUCUUUCAAAGUACUUCCUCUCUUCAUCAAAGUACUUCCUCUCUUGCUCAAGAUGCAGCUUCCUCUUCUCAACAAGGUGCUUCCUCUCUUCAUCAUACAGCUUCCUCUCUUCAACAAAGUGCUUCCUCUCUUCAUCAAGGUGCUUCCUCUUCAUCAAGAUGCUUCCUCUCUUCUUCAAAUACUUCCUCUCUUCAACAAAGUACUUCCUCUCUUCAUCAAGGUGCUUCCUCUCUUCAUCAAGGUGCUUCCUCUCUUCAUCAAGAUGCUUCCUCACUCCAUCAUGCAUCCAUCAUGCAGCUUCCUCUCUUCAUCAAGUUGCUUCCUCUCUUCAACAAAAUACUUCCUCUCUUGAUCAAGGUGCUUCCUCUCUUCUUCAAAGUACUUCCUCUCUUCAUCAAGGUGCUUCCUCUCUUCUUCAAAGUACUUCCUCUCUUCAUCAAAGUGCUUCCUCUCUUCAUCAAGAUGCUUCCUCUCUUCAACAAGUGCUUCCUCUCUUCUUCAAAGUGCUUCCUCUCUUCUUCAAAGUACUUCCUCUCUUCAACAAAGUGCUUCCUCUCUUCAUCAAGAUGCUUCCUCUCUUCAUCAAGGUGCUUCCUCUCUUCAUCAAGAUGCUUCCUCACUCCAUCAUGCAUCCAUCAUGCAGCUUCCUCUCUUUAUCAAAGUGCUUCCUCUCUUCAUCAAGGUGCUUCCUCUCUUGA